GGGCCCAAGCCCAAGCCCAACCCACUCUACUCUCCUCUCGUCUUCUCCUUCCUUCCGUUGCUCCUCCGCCGCCGCCGGGAUGCAGGCUGCCGCACGGACGUGGACAUGGAGAUGGAGAUGGAGAUGUUUCCACUCCACAGCCGCCGCUCUUUCCAAACCCACGCCUCACAUCAGGUUUGCCGUCCGCGAAAAGCGCGCUGAUGCUAAGGCUGCUCUGAAGAACAUUCUACUUAACGGUGGUCCCUGUCAGGAAGGAAGCAAUAAACAAAAGAGGCAACAAAAAGGUAGCGGUAAAUCAAAGCUUACAAACUCCAGCUAUGGAAAAAAUCCACAUAGAAAAGGCAAAAGUGCGCAGAAGUGGAAAAACUUUGAUGAAGAUGAUUGCAGUGAUACCCCUUAUGGGAAUUUUGGCGGCAAGAGAUCUUUUACCUGGUACUGGCCUGGGGAGGAUGACGAAAGUGGGAGUCCCAGUGGAUUUCAGUGGCGGGAUGAGUCUCAAUCAAAUAAAUCAAGGGAAAGAGUUUGGAAUGAAAGUGAUGUAGAUGAGGAAGAGCCUUGCUAUGAUAAUCUUCGCAGCCAUAGAAUAUCACUUGGUUUGCCGCCUUUAGGUCCCUUAGAACUUGAUCAUAUUAAGUCCGCUUUUCGUGCAUCGGCUCUCAAGUGGCACCCAGACAAACAUCAAGGAGCAUCACAGGCUGAAGCUGAGGAAAGGUUCAAACGCUGUGUAGAAGCAUACAAGGCAUUGUCUGGUGCUUUCAAACCAAGUGACUAACCCUGUCUGUUCAUGAAUGAAAUCUGAAGACUAUCACUAAAGAUGUUACUGGAGAUCACUAACGAGGUUACUGGAGCUUCAACACACUAAGAGACAGUUGAAUCUGCUAAAAAAAAGUGUAGAAGAUUGUUAGACGGUCAGACCAGCUCUCGAUGGCAUUUUUAACAAUUAAACUUGUUUAGAGUGGUCACUGAGGAAGCGAUUAUUCGUGUAUAAUUUCAUGAAAUCAGUUGAAGCGAAACAAAUUUCAGCGCUCCAAUUUAUUCUUGGAAUGCCAGGCAAUAUACAGUGUCUCUUCUAAUUCUAAACUAAUGGCAUAUUACUGCGGUAGGCUUGUGCAUCCA